AUGGCACCCAAGCCUGGAGCCCUGAUGAGGGACAUCGCCGAGCUGGCAAAGAACGAUGAAGGCAUAGCUCUAGUAGAGAUUAAGCAGUCCAUGGAACGGAUACUUGUAUCUGUUCCUGGACCCGUAUCUACGCCCUAUGAAUCCGGGACAUUCUUGGUGCGCAUUCAUAUCCCGGAGGAAUUCCCUUUGAAGUGCCCCAGCUUUUAUUUUGAGACAAAUGUUUUUCAUCCAAAUGUCUCUCCAAAUGAUGGGAAAAUCUGCGUAGACCGUCUGGCAGAAAGUUGGUCUCCAUCAAUAACACUGAAAGGGUCUUGCCGUAUUAUCUCUAUGCUACUUUCGGAACCGAACCCAAAUUCGCCUCUCAACACAGACGCAGCCCGCAUGAUGGAGGAUGAUGAAGAAAUGUACAAUAGAACCGUGCUGGUGUGGACAAAGCAUUUCGCUAAUGGGAUCCAUUCAUUUCCUCCAUAUGACGAUAUGAUCGAAAGACUUUGUGAACUUAAUGUAAGCCCACGGAGGGCAGUGGGCCUCCUGACGAACUCAAGAUGGGAGGUGGAGGAGGCCGCUGAAGUACUGAUGCAGGAUUGA